GGCAAGAACAAAGAUAAAAAGGAAAAGAAAAAGCAACACGUGUUAGUUUCAAAUUGCAACUCCUCUGUAAGGUGAAGGAAGUUGUCAUUAGCAGUGAAAGCUGGACUUCCGGAAUAGGCAGGUUCCGGGUUUAAAUGCGGCCAAGGACUUUUGAUCGAAGUCUCAUUACUUACAGCUCAGCGUGUCAGCAGCUGGUGGGGGAAGCAGGGGUGGAAGAGAUACAUUCACCCGGUGUUUUAUUAAUUACACUUGCUCAGGCCGCCUCCGUGCAUACCAUGUGGCAACAUACCACAGGAGAUCACAAAUCACGUAACCUUCAUCUGCCCUCGUCCUUUGCCCCUUGCACCCGUCUGCAACCCUCCACUCCUUUACUUUUGUCCUCCCCUAAAACAACCCUUCCUUUCUCCACCAACUUCCUCCCCUCCGUUCCCGUGUUCUCCCGACUUAGUCUCAUCCUCCCAUCUUCCCUUCACUCCCAUUUUACCCCCGCUCAUCCUUUCCUCCACCAGCCAACACCUUCCCCUCCAGCUGUCAACAAUCUUCCCCGCCCUUCUCUACCAUUCUCACCAACCCUUCAAACCUUCCUCCCUAACUGCUUGCUUCCCAUCCGCUUCUCCCCGCCUCCCACACUCCUGUCCUUUCUCAGAUGACCUUUUACUAAAGUUAAUCCAGUACAAAAUACAAACUAUAAGCAAUAAUAAUAAGACAACGAACAACUAUGUUUGCCGUCAUCUGCAAAUUUAUUUCCUAGAUCUGACUAAACAGCCAUCAGUUUCUGCAACAUUGGUACUGCAGUCUUGAGCGAUCUUCACAGCACCAUUCCUGAUAAUAUGACGACAAAGACAACGAUGAACUUUUAUCAGGCUUUGCCUAAAGUUGAACUCCAUGCUCAUCUCAACACCUCAAUCAGCACUACUACCAUGGAGAAGCUAAUACAGCAGAAACCACAUCUCAACAUUCAGCAUUAUAUGACAGCAAUCAGAAAAGGCCAAAAAAGGACCAUGGAUGAAUGCUUUGAUAUGUUUAAAGUAAUACAUCAACUAACUGUCAGCAUUGAAGACAUUUUCAUGGUGGCCAAAGAGGUCAUCAAAGAGUUUGCAGCUGACGGAGUAAAAUACCUUGAGCUACGAAGCACACCACGAGAGGAAAGCACUACAGGAAUGACCAAGAAGUCUUACGUCGAGGCAAUAAUUGAAGCUAUAAAACAAUGUAAACAAGAGGGUGUGGACAUCGAUGUAAAAUUUCUAUUAUCCAUAGAUAGAAGACGUGGACCAGUAGUUGCAAUGGAAACCGUGAAACUUGCAGAAGAAUUCUUUGCAUCUACUGAUGGACUGAUAGUUGGUGUGGAUCUAAGUGGAGAUCCGGCAGUAGAACAUGCCAAGAAUUAUAUUGCCCCGCUUCAAGCAGCUCGAAAUAUAGGACUUAAGCUUGCUGUACACAUGGCUGAGAUUCCCCAUCAAAAUGAAGAAGUGGAAUUGUUUCUUGGUCUUCCUCCAGACAGGAUUGGCCAUGGUACAUUCCUUCACCCUGAAGUUGGGGGUUCAGAAUAUCUGGUUGACAUCAUUGUCAAACAUCAAAUACCUAUUGAGCUUUGUUUGACAUCAAAUCUCAAAGGUCAAACUGUAUCUUCAUAUGACCAGCACCAUUUCAAAUACUGGUACAAUCGUGGACACUCCUGUGUAAUUUGUACUGAUGGCAAAGGUGUUUUUGCUAGCGACCUCUCACAGGAGUAUCAGAUAGCAGAAACAACGUUCAAUCUUUCUAAAGCUCAGAUAUGGGACAUCUCUUAUCAGAGUAUUAAUCACAUCUUUGCUCCAGUGAGUGUAAAAUCUGACUUGAAAAGACUAUGGAAAGAUCUGAAACCAGGAUUAUUUAACCAAUAUGAACUGCAGUUUGCAUGACAUGGACAACGCUCUUGGCCUCAUUUUCCUGUAGCAGAUGAAUACUCUUGAAAUAGACCAAUGAAAACAUAUCAACAGUUCUACAAAAAAGUGAUCCUCCAAUGUGAGCUAUUGUCCCAACUGUCUUCCACAUCAUUGACAUUGUUUUGGUUGAUUUAAUAGGUUCCUCAAAAUCAGAAAUAUAUACAGAAUACGUUUCUUCUUGUCAUCAUUGGAGUAAUUUUACAAUGCAUGACAACGAAAAGCAAAUUUAUUUUGGUAAUGUAUUUGCAUUGCUUGUAAUUCAAUGUUUUGAAACAUUUUCCUCUCAGAUACAAAAAUGCAGCAAUCUGACCUGAUUGUCAAA